UGUACCGUCAAUUUAUCGUAAACAAUUUACCGCGCGACAAUUGACCGUAAACAAUUGAUCGCAAACCAAUUGAUUGCAAUUGCAAUUUACCGCACGAUAAUUGAUCGCAAACUAUAUAGGUUAUUUCAGAGUUAUUUUAAGGCCAAUAUUAUUUUUUCGUAACUUUAUUCGAUCGUUAACGAUCAAGUCUUAUCUAACAUUAUAUUCGUACCCUAUUUUAUCAGUCCGUAUUUUUCCUUAAGUCGUAUAGAAUAUAGAUCACCAUGAAACACUAUGAAAAUAUAUCAGUACUGACACAAUCGUCAAUCGGUAUAUACUAAUAACUUCGUCUAGCUGAAGUACUGUACAUAGAAUAUGGCUUUAGAGUACGUAUUAAGCGAAAAAAAUAAGUAUAUGCUUAUUUAUCAAGGUUUUUUACACGUAAAAGAACGAGAACAUGACAAUAAAACAUACUGGAAAUGUUCUGAAUACAAAAAAAUUCAUUGUAAAGGUCGUUUACACGUAGUAGACGACAAAAUAACUAAAUGUAUUGAACAUAACAAUCACGUUCCAAAUGCAGCAAAAAUCGAAGCGAAAAAAGUUAUUUCAACUUUAAAGAAAAAUGCAUCACAAACAACUCUCAGCACACAUUCAGUUUUAGGAAAUGCAGUUAUGCAGGUGACAAGUGCAGUUUCCGCAGAAAUGUCAAGUGUUAAUACAUUGAAAAGGACAAUUCAACGUGUACGCCAAAAGGAGGAAGCUGCACCAGCUAAUCCAAGUAAUUUUGAAUUUAUUAUACCAGAUAAAUAUAAAUAUAACUCCAAUGGUGAAUUAUUUUUAAAAUUCGAUAGCGGUCCUACUGAAUCACGUAUUUUAAUAUUUACAACUCAACAAAAUUUAGAUUUUAUGAGUGAAUGUAAUAAUUGGUUUUGUGACGGUACAUUUUCAGUGGCACCUCCCAUUUUUGCUCAGUUAUAUACUAUACACGGGGUAUGUUAUUCCAACGUUAUUCCUAGUGUUUAUGUAUUACUGCCAGAUAAAAAAGAAAAAACUUACCGUCACAUGUUUGAAAUUUUAAAAUCACUGAAGUCAAAUUUAAAUCCAAAAAGUAUUAUGAUAGAUUAUGAAAGAGCAGCUUUAAAUGCAAUCGAAACGGAGUUUUGUAAUACCGAGGUAAAAGGUUGUUUCUUUCAUAUGUCGCAAUGCAUUUGGCGUCAUGUCCAAGAAUUGGGCCUACAGACAACUUAUCGAAAUGAUCCAGAGUUUUCAUUACGAAUUCGAAUGCUACCAGCAUUAGCUUUUAUUCCAGAAGUAGAUGUAAUAAAAUGUUAUAAUGCAUUACUAGUUACAAAUUAUUACACAGAUAAUGAAGAUCUACUGGCACCGCUGUUGGAUUAUUUCGAAAAUACAUGGGUAGGAAAAUUAGACAGGAGAGGAAAAAGAAAGCCGCCAAAGUAUGCAAUCACAUUAUGGAACUGUUUUUCGAGAGUAAUUCAAGAUUUGGCUACCACAAAUAAUGCUAUAGAAGGGUGGCACAAUUGUUUCACAUCACUUAUAAAUAGUAUACAUCCUUCAAUUUGGCGAUUUAUAGAUGCAUUAAAAAAAGAAGAGAGCAUUAACAGAUUCAAAAUCGAACAAUAUGUUGGGUGCAACGAGCCACCCAAAAAAAAAAUUUACCGAGAUAGAGCAGCUAAAAUAAAAAAAAUUUGUACCACUUAUAACAAUAAUACAAAUAUUGAAGACUAUCUUCGUGGCAUUGCAUACAAUUUUCAAUUGCAAAUUUAAUAUUUAGUGUUUUUCAUUAUUAUGUACCUACCUUGAUGAUUUAUAAUACUAUAUAUAUAUACUGAACAAUAUUUUUUAAACAUUUUUAAUCUAAGACGAAAAAUAUAUUUUUAACCAUACAUGUAACCAGAAUUGUGCCAAAUUUAUUAAAAUUAAAUAUAUAUUCAAAAUAUUUUUAUAUUACUGAAAAUGUUAUUUUUCGAUCAAUUGAUGUACGGUAAAUUGCAAUUGCGAUCAAUUGGCUUGCGAUCAAUAAUUUGCGGUAAA